UCCACAUUCUACUGUAGUGUUUGUGGCUUCCGUAGGUGAAUGAGAUAAUUGUACUUUAGUAUAUAUACACUAACAAUAAGUGAUUACACAUACCAUCUUACCGCGAACAGUGAGGAACGCUGAACCUUCCUGGUCAGAGCAGUCAAGCGAGGGGCAAACUAGGAUAGUUCACAUCCUUGAUAUAUUCCCAUUAAGAUGAAUUCGUUUAGCUUAUUAUUCUCCAUUUAUACUAUACAAGUGAAACAUUGCUUCCUACGGGUACGAUUUGCAUGCCUUGAAGCCAUGAAUAUUAAUGAUGUACAACUCCGUACCCUGUGUUACCUACAAAUUUGCCUUACUUUUGUACGUUUCUUGUUUGUAUUAUAUAUUCACUUUGGAUAUUUUCUCACAGAAUACAGGAGAAAUGAAUUUUAGGAAAGUUGUUCUAGUGUACAUCGUCAUAUUCGCCUGGUUUGCUGUGUACCGAUUGGUCUUUGGUCAGACAGAAAUAACGUACUAUGCUGGACCACGGCUGACGGUCGGUCCAAUGGGAGAGACCUACUAUGGACCCAUGAUACCUUACGGCUCUGGAAAUUCUGAUCUGGCAGGAAUCGGUGUUAUUGGGCUUCUGUUGUAUACAGUGAUGAAAAUUUUGGGUCCAAUCAUUUUUAUAGGACUCGUAGGAAGCUCGCUUAGCAAUUGACUCUGGAUGUAAUGGAAGAAGUACAUGGAAUAAAAGAUUCUCCGUUCUAAGACCAUAAUUCCAUUGUCAUGUUUUAAUUCAUGGAGCCAUACUACUCUUUGUUGCUUAAAUGAUGUCUGGGAAACUUGAAUCAAAAGGGAAUUAAAGGCGUUGUAAAAUA